AUGACCUAUUUAGAUGCUGUGAGAAAUUUUCCUAGACCACCUCAAAGGCGAUAUGACCCUUAUGCUAAUACUUAUAUCCCAGGGUGGAAAGAUCAUCACAACUUGAGUUACGGAGCUAACUCAUGGUACAACCAGCCAUACCAAAACUUGAUUCCACAACAGCCGCGAGAUUUAUGUACCUCUCUAGAAACCAUGAUCAAUAAAUUAGCAGCUAAUAUGCUUGAUUUUCAACAGAAAACUGAGUCUAUAAGAGAAUUAACUACAUCAAUUGAGAAAAUGAACUCACAAGGAAAGUUGCUGUCACAAACGGAACCUAACCCAAGACAACACGCAAAUGCACUGACGUUGCGAAGUGGAAAAGUACUAAAACCAAAUCCUGGACGAUUGAACCAACAUAGGAGAGGUAAGGAGGAAAAAGAGAUCCUCGAAGCAUUUAGAAAUGUCGAGAUCAACAUAUCGUUGCUAGAUGCCAUCAAACAAAUUUCGCGAUAUGCCAAGUUCCUUAAGGAGCUUUGCACCAACAAACGAAAAUUGAUUGGAAAUAAAAGAGUAAGUGUUGGUGCAUCUGCGGUUAGGGUUGUUAACAUUUCAUUAGCAGACAUGUCUAUUGUGCAUCCUGAAGUAGUCUUUGAGGACAUAUUAGUGAAAGUCAACAGACUUAUCUUUCCUGCAGACUUUUAUGUGAUAAAAAUGGAAGAGGAUAAUGCUCUUGGGUCUUCAGACAUCUUGUUGGGGCGACCUUUCCUUAAUAUUGCAAAUACUAAGAUUGACGUGCGUAGCAGAACCCUCACGAUGGAGUACGACGGGGAGAUCGAUCUAUUUGUGAAUGUUAAUGAAUUAUUGGCUCCUAUGGAUACUAAACUUCUACCUUCUGUUGUGUAG